AUGCGCUUCCUCAUCCCCCUCGCUCUCCUUCUCGCCUCCCUGGCUGUCGCUGUCCCUGCCGCUGAGGCUGAAGCUGACGCCGGUGCGGAGGCUAUCGCUGCUGCUGCUGCUGCUGCCCCUGCUCCCGAGGGGGUGGACUCCGAGGCGGACGUCCAGUUUUGUCGGAAUGUGAAGGGGUAUAAUAAGUGUUUGGACCAUUGUCGCCAUAAUCAUGGGGGGGAGAAGUGUCGUAACGCUUGCUGGGUGCAUUAUUGCAAGUGA